AUGGACCUCAGCUAUUGUAACAAAGAUCUUUGGCUGCCUCUUCUAUCCUUUUAUCUGGAGUUAGAGUCUUUUUUCUACUCUCUUAAAUACUUUUCUAUACUCUUUGUUCACGUUUCUCGGCCUCGUUCUUCCAUUUUAUCUCUGCUCUCCCUUUUCCCAACUUUUAACACCUAUCGCGUGCUUUCCAUCUACUUACUCUCCUUUCACAUCUUUACUCUCCCGCCUGCGCCUUUCUCACCAGUGGCGUCACCGUUUUGCAGUAGCUCACGACUGCAGCACCGCCCCCGGUCUUCAUUCGUCAUCACCACCAACUCCGUCCUACUACUCUUCCGUUUUCAUCGGCCCGUACGCCACUCAAUUGCGCAUUUUCCAUCUCGAUUCAAGUGUGCGGUUACAAUCACAAAACUUGAUCAGCACCUCCGGGCAUUUUUACCUACUCGACCCGCACUCUUCCGUCGAAGCGUCUGCCCCAUUGCAGGAAUAAGUGAUGAUGAGAAUAUUCGUUCUGAAUGUCCUCCAUUGGGCGUAGGCUGGGGUGAACGAGAAGAAACAAAUGAAUCGAUAUGA